AUGUCGGGAGUGUCGGGGGAAUGUCGGGAGUGUCGGGGGUGUCGAGGGGUGUCGGGGGGUGUCCCCUGUUCGAUGGUUCGGUGUCUCACGUUUUAUUUUUGCGCAGCUCGGUUCUACGUGGGGCAGAACCUCUACAUCACGUGGGCGGAGAAGGCCGGGAUGAAGGCGGACUGGAAGAGGGCCAUCCAGGCCUUCUACGACGAGGUCCCGGGCUUCAGCCCGUACUGGAUCCAACCCUUCCGGUUCUCGGAAUCCCUGGGCCACUACACGCAGAUGAUGUGGGCCGAGACCCACCGGGUCGGCUGCGGCUUCAUCAUGUACCAGAACAAGGGCUACGACCAGAAGCUUUACACGUGCAACUACGGCCCCGCGGGCAACCGAGUCCGCAGCUCCAUGUACACCGUGGGACCCCCGUGCAGCCAGUGCCCCGCUGGCGCCCGCUUCUGCAACGCCGGCCUCUGCUGCGGUCAGUGUCUCGAUGCGUUCUUCGCUUCCUCGGACGCCGUUUCGGGAUCGGCGUCCGGUUCGCCUAUUUAUUUCUCGCGUCGAGUCCCGUUCCCCGUCGGCCUGCAGGAUUCAUCGUUAAUCUUGCCAUGA